CGGCGGCCGCGCGGCUGCGGGGGGAGGGGCUCGGCCCCGCCCUCGCCCUCCCCUGCGAGAGCCCCGGGGGGAGGGGCCACGGAGGCGAGGCCUGGUUCGACGCCAACCAUGGGGCAGCCCUGGAAUGUGUGGGGCUGGCGGCGGCCACGGGCCCCGGGGCCAUGAUGCAGCUGAAGGUGACGGCCAUGAUGGAUGCCGAGCUCUGCGCCACCAUCCAGCAGCGGAUGCAGGAGCCGGGUACCAAACUGACGCCGGAGUUCAUCAUUGCGGCCAUGGGGGGCGAGAUUGCUCCUUCCCUGCCCUUCCUGACCCCACAGCAGAACCAGCACUUUGGGGUCUCCCUGCGGCGCUUGGACAGCGUGGCCCAGGCGGCCGCGGCGCAGGGAGUCACGCUCAUGGUGGACGCGGAGCAGAGCCACCUGCAGGGGGCGCUGCGGCUCCUCACCCUCGCUCUGAUUGGCCGGCACAACCGGGGGGCGGAGCCUCGCGUCUGGAGCACGGUGCAGGCCUACGUGAGGGGCGCUGAGCAGGUGCUCACCAUGGAGGCCUCAUGGGCCCGGCGCUAUGGGGCGCGCUAUGGGGUGAAGCUGGUCCGAGGGGCGUACCUGGAGGAGGAGCGGCUCCGGGCCCACAACUUGGGGGUCCCGGACCCCUUGCACCCCACAUUGGAGGCCACGCACAUCAGCUAUGGGGCCUGCCUGGAGCUGGCUCUAGCACUGGUGGUUCAGGACCAGGCCCGGCUCAUGGUGGCCACUCACAACGAGGCCUCGGUGAUGCAGGCGGUGCAGCGCAUGGAGGCCCUGCGCAUCCCGCGCCGCGCCGGGGUCUGCUUCGGGCAGCUCUAUGGGAUGGGCGAUCACGUGAGCCUGGCGCUGGGGCGCGCGGGUUUCUCCGCCUUCAAGUCAGUUCCGGUGGGACCGGAAGUGUCGGUGCUGCCGUACCUGGCGCGCCGCGCCCAGGAGCACCGCCAGGGGGCGCUGUUGCGCACGGCCCUCGAGCGCCGCCUGCUGGCCCAGGAGCUGCGGCGCCGCCUCCUGCAAUGGGCGAAACGGGGCGGGAAUGGGGCGAAAUGA